GUCAAUUAGUUGAACUGUCAAAAUAUUGAUCAGAAACAGUAUUCUCAAUCCGACAAAGUCAGUCUCGAUUCAAUUUAUCAAAAUGAAAAUAUUAUUUUUCACCAGUUUGUGCUAUCUAAUAGCGUCUCUUAAUGCGUCCCAUCUCGAAUAUGACGGCUGGCUAAACAUUGAACUGUACCAUGCGCUGGAUAUCGACGAGCCUCAAAAGUUCACGCUCCGGGGCAAUCUUACGGUAACCAAUCUAAGUGCCGGUACCACCACUAUCUCACAGGAACCGUUAUCAGUGCAUGAGCGAACUCAGCUUCGCAAGCUAGCGGAGGAAGAUCGUCUAUAUCGUCUGCAAGCGCAUAUCCGUGAAGCCGACGGUUCACGAUCCAAGUAUUUGACCUCAUCGAAAGCGUGCGCCCUGGCCAAAGCACAGUUAACAGACGUUCUUUGGGUUUCCCUGGAUCACAGUGGAUCGGUCACCGGAGUUACUCAGUCGGUUAAUAAUGGCAAUGUUGGGAAUUGUAGAGGUCUAACCAUUCGAGACGUUGAUGUGCUGGACGAGUUCAACACGGAAGUCUAUGUGAAGCUCACAGAAAACGCACCAAUUCCGGAUACGGCCACCUUUAUCCAAAAGCUAGAGCGUGAACGAGAGGCUCGGGAACGUGGAGAAACGAAAGAUAAUCGGGGAUUCUUUGCAAAAUAUUGGAUGUACAUUGUUCCAGUAGUAAUACUGGUUCUGAUCUCCGGCGCAACGAAUCCAGAAGCCGCUGGUGGACAACGUUAAACCAAAGUAUGCACAUGUCGCUAGUUUCUAAUUUAUUGGUAGGAAAUCAUUUCUCUCACUAUUAAAUAAAUUUCGAUUCCUUCAA